UCCAAUGCCAGUUCAUACAAAGCCACAGCAGGGUCUGUAUCAUCACAAGUUCACAACCACCAAGCCGAGUCAAGGUCUCACUCCUUCUGCUAGAUCUCCACAUAACGACAUGUCAGCUCUUCAUGCAACACCUCACAAUGGCCAACCCCAGGACAACAGGGGCAUGUACAACCCUCUGACCUCCAGCAGCACCCAGGGCUCCUGCAUGGAUCCCUAUAUUCGACACCCCCAUGCCCCCCUGCCUCACAGCAUGAUGGGACACAGGGGUAUGCCUGUGUCUGACGGAGGAAAUGGCACCUCUUACUGUAACCAAGCUAACCUGAUGUCACCACAUCCUGGUUUUCCUCAUGGCCAUCCAAGCUCAGACCAUAUGGGUGCAGGAGACAGUUCUCGCUUCUCGACACCUCGUUCCAUGCUGAAGUUGAGUAAGAAGAGAGCACUCUCGAUCUCCCCGCUGUCUGAUGCCAGCGUCGACCUGCAGACUGUCAUCCGCACUUCUCCCAACUCCCUGGUGGCAUUCGUCAACUCCCGCUGCAGUGCCAACAGUGCCAGUUCCUACGGGCACCUGUCAGUGGGUACAAUGAGUCCUUCUCUGGGCUUCUCAAGCGCGGUGAACUAUCAGUCCUCCCGUCCUCAGGGACCCAUGUUUGGACACACCCCAGGGCCCUGUCAUCCUAUGCCCCAACGCCUCCCGCUGCACAAUCCCCGCCUUCAUGCCCCUUCAAAACACGGACUUUUGAAGACUGAGGCAGUACUGGGCAGUGUGACAGACAGCAUUAAUGUGAAAAGUUUGGAGGAGAGAUCUGAGGGGGAUAUGGCCAGCCCAUCCUCCACUGGAACACAGGAUCCUCUGCUGGGUUUCCUGGAGGGCCGAGAUGAUUUGGACAAAGAGGAUGGUAAACCGGAACCAGAAGCCAUUUACGAGACCAACUGCCACUGGGAAAACUGCAGUAAAGAGUUUGACACACAGGAACAACUAGUGCAUCACAUUAAUAACGAGCAUAUCCAUGGGGAGAAGAAGGAGUUUGUGUGUCAUUGGAAGGACUGCUCUCGUGAGCAGAGGCCUUUUAAGGCUCAGUACAUGCUGGUUGUCCAUAUGAGGAGACACACCGGAGAAAAACCACACAAAUGCACUUUUGAAGGUUGUAACAAGGCAUACUCUCGCCUGGAGAAUCUGAAGACUCAUUUGCGCUCCCACACUGGUGAGAAGCCAUACGUGUGUGAACAUGAGGGCUGCAACAAGGCCUUUUCCAAUGCCUCUGACCGUGCCAAGCACCAAAACAGGACACACUCUAAUGAGAAACCGUACGUGUGUAAGAUUCCUGGCUGCACUAAGCGCUACACAGACCCCAGCUCCCUACGCAAGCAUGUAAAGACUGUGCAUGGCCCAGAGGCCCACAUCACGAAGAAGCAUCGCGGGGACACAGGGCCAAGAACCCCAGGGUCAACAGUGACCUCUGGAGGACAGAGGUCAGAGCUGCUGGUGGAGAAAGAGGAGAGGAGCCGAGAGGACUGCAAGCUUCUAGCGCCAGAGGGCACUCUGAAGUCUCAGCCGAGUCCCGGAGGCCAGUCUUCCUGCAGCAGUGAGCGCUCACCACUGGGGAGCGCCAACAACAAUGACAGUGGUGUGGAGAUGAACCUGAAUGCCGCAGGCAGUCUGGAGGAUCUGACAGCCUUUGAGGAGGCAGGAGGGGCUGGUGGAGGGGAGCCCAGCGGAGGACUUGGUUCUGGGAGCAUGGGCAUGUCAGCUCAGGCCCUAAAGAGGCUGGAGAACCUGAAAAUUGACAAACUAAAAAUGGUCCGUCGGCCAACACCACCAGGGCGCAGUGCCAGUAAACUUCCAGCACUCUCAGCAUCUGAGGAGAUGAUGGGUAUAUGUGCUGCCUCCCCACUUCUCUCCAACCGACGUGUGAUGGAGCUCUCAAACCCAGUGUUGGGAUGUGGUGGUGGUAUGGGAAGUAUGCCAGGUUCAUCCAAUGACAGACGGGGGAGUGGCACCAGUAGCCUUAGCUCAGCCUACACUGUCAGUAGGCGCUCCUCGCUGGUCUCCCCCUACCUGUCCAGCCGCCGCUCCAGCGAGGUCUCUCAAAUGGGUUGUGGAGGGGGGCACCCACAGAACUUGAUAGGCCCAGAGUCCAGCAGAGACCCACUCUCUCCAGAAAGCAUUCGUAGAGCUGGGCCAUGCCAUGGUGGAGGCAGGUUGCCAGGUCUCCCCUCCCUUACGCCAGCACAACAGUAUAGCCUGAAGGCCAAAUAUGCUGCAGCCACUGGUGGACCUCCACCUACCCCUUUACCCAACAUGGAACAGCCUGGUAUUCUUGGCCGUAGGGGGGGCCUCUCUGGUGACUUCCAGUCCCAGCCAGUCCCACCAUUCUUGCAGCAGGACAAUGCCCGGCGGUACAGCAGCGCCAGUUCAGAAUAUUGCACUGGUGUGAUCUACCCUCACCAGGCUCCUGGCAAUAAUGUACGACGUGCCAGUGACCCUAUCCACACCAGAGGUGAUGUAGAGGGACCCCCUAAGGUGCAACGUUUCAACAGCCUAAACAACAUGACUAUGAUGGGCCGCCAAAACACUCUGCAGCACUGUGGCUCUGACACCAAUGUGACCCGUCACAUGUAUUCUCCUCGGCCUCCCAGUAUUACAGAGAAUGUCAUGUUGGAAGCCAUGGCAAUGGAUCCUCAUGGUAAUCCAUCUGAAGAGAGAGACCAGAUGAGUUACAUGGGUUACCAGCAAAUUCACCAACGUCCUGUCAGCCUAGCCAAUCAGCUUUCUCCAAACCAGGAAAGUUUGGGAUGCCCAGACACAACCUACUCAGGCCACUACCAGAACCAGCAAGGUGAGAUGGGAGCAGGGAGAGACAUACCCAACAAUUUGAUGCAGCAAGCUGAGUAUAACAUGAACAGCUGCCAGCUCAGCCCCUCUGAUCCUCACUACUCAAACUUGGGCCAAGGAGGAGAGGGGUCAGCUUCUUGGGGCAAAUCUGGUCAGCUCCAUAGCCCUCAUACUGGGAUGCAAGCAGGGAUUCAAUACCAAGACAAUAGUAUGCAGGAUCAACAAUACAAUCAACAGCACCUUUACAAUACUAACCCAGACCCUGUACAGCAUAGAAUCACGAUCAAACCUGAACAGCAGUUCCACCCAUCCAUGGGAUCCUCUAAUGCAUGCCAGAACACUAAAUCUCUCCACCAGCACAGAAUACCUGGCUCCAUGCCCUCAUGCCAGCAGGGACAUCCCUCACAGCAACAGGGUCAGGGGAUAAUGAUAAGAGCAGCAGACCCCAGCUGUGACUUCUCCCAGGGUCAGAUGGAGACCCAGCAGGCCCAGUCAGGAUCCUUUCAUACCAGUGGAGGACUGAGACUUGGCUGUGCUUCUUCAGUGCUGGUUGAUGACCGGAGGUCUCAGACACCUAUGAUGCAGGUCAAAGAAAUGAUGGUCCGUAAUUAUGUCCAAUCACAGCAAGCUCUCAUGUGGGAGCAACAACAAGAACAGGCAACAGUUGACAGUGGUGUCCUGGUUAAAACAGGACUUGCUGAUGGUUUUGAAAUUGGUGGACAGGCAACUGUGAUGCAGAACAGUCCCCAACAUCAACAGUCUAAGCAGAACCUCUAUGCUGGCAACAGUUAUGAAGGCAUCUCCAGCCAAAACCUGAUGAGCUCCAUAGCAGAUAGUCAAAGGGCUAGCUUGAAGGAGCAGAUUGGAGUCAUGCCCGGGUCCUGUUAUGGUCAGGACAUGGUAGUGCCUCACCCUCCACAAGGACGUAAACCGCUGAGUCGACAGAACAGCCUGUCCCAGCAGUCAGGUGGUGGUUACCUGGGAAGCCCACCACACCUGAGCCCAGUGCAGUCAACAGCAAGUCCCAGGAGAGCUGUACGUUUGCCCCGUGUACAACAGCAACAACAACCCCAUCCAGAGAGCUUCUCAAGCAAUAAUGACAACCCCAUGUACUACACAGGCCAUAUUCAUAUGCACCAUGACAUGGAGAAACCCAUGGAUCCUCAAGAUGGACCUUGUCCGGGCCAGCAGCAUGUAAGGGGUAUGACUGCAAAAGGAAAGGCAAGCUCCCUAACCUACUCAGAGCCAACAAACAUGCCUUGCACUCUAGAAAACUUGGAUCUAGAGAACACUCAGAUUGACUUUGCAUCUAUCAUUGAUGAUACAGAUCCCUCAUCCUACAGUCCUGUCAAUCCCUCACUGGGACAUCACAACUUUUCCUCGCAGUCCUCAUCUCGCCUUACCACUCCACAAACCUCUGUCACCCUCCCCUCUGGUCUCUCCAACAUGGCCAUUGGAGAUAUGUCAUCUAUGCUGACAUCACUUGCUGGAGAAAACAAAUACCUGAAUACACUGUCAUAA